AUGCUACAACAUCUAGUCGCUCUUUGCUUCUUUGCAGCAUGCACUAGCGGCGCAACUAUCACUGUCUUUGACGUGUUCCCAACAGCUGCUGAUGGGUCCACCGGACCCAAAGUGAACAUAUCCCUUAGCCCGAUCGGUGUGGGUAGCGACGGUGCCACUACUUAUGCCUUAGCUGAAUUCGAUCCGACAAGGACCUUCCGUGAUACGAUUGUGGAGGAUGCUACUCAUAUCCAUUUACCCGCUCCCUCGCCCUUCAUAAGAAGAGAUUGCUCAUGGGAGGGCACUAGCGGCGAAGGACUGUGCUCCUUUUUCGACGGGGCUCAAGCAUCGACGUACACCGGCAUUGUCACUCCAAUCUUUACACUCACAGUAGACGAUACGAUCACCGGCCUUCCCACUAGUGACGCUACUAGCCUCCAGGGCACCCCUACAAGCAGUAAUUCCCCUGACAAUCGAAGUAAUUCCGCCAAGAAGCUCAGUCCUGUUCUUAGCUUUGGGGUUGUCGUCGUCUUUACCAUGAGCCUUUUGAUCUAG